AUGGAAAAACUCUGCUUCUUCAUUGCAGUGUUAUCACUAAACUAUUUUACAUUUUGCUUAGCCACAGAUGAAGAAGCACUUCUUGCCUUCAAAACCGGAAUCACUUCAGAUCCUAACAAAAUCUUGGCCAAGAGCUGGUCGACAAAUACGUCCAUUUGCAACUGGAUAGGUGUUUCUUGCAGCAGGACACGGCAAAGAGUCACGGCCUUAAAUUUUUCAGGCUUUGGCUUCAGGGGAACCAUUGCUCCACAUCUUGGAAAUUUAACAUUUCUAAGUUCUUUAGACGUUAACUCCAACAACUUCACCGGGAUAAUACCCUUUGAGCUUUCUCACUUACAUCGUUUAAAAGAUAUAAAUGUGGGAUUUAACGGCUUCACUGGAGAGGUACCAUCAUGGUUCGGAACCUUACCAGAACUUCAGCGUAUUGUUCUGAGUAACAACAAUUUCUCCGGCAGCAUCCCUGCGUCGUUAGGCAACAAUUCAAAGCUGCAAACACUGCAAAUGGGGUACAAUUUUUUUGAUGGAAAUAUUCCAAAAGAGAUUGGCAAUCUUUCUACCCUGGAAACAUUAGAUUUACAGAAUAAUCAACUUUCAGGUUUCAUACCUAUCGGUAUCUUCAAUAUGUCUUCUUUGAAAGUACUUGAUCUCACGGCUAAUACCCUGUCAGGAAGGCUGCCGGAGGAUAUAUGUGAUAAUAUCCCAAAACUCGAAAUACUCUCUCUCUCUCAGAAUAAACUUUCUGGGCAAAUUCCAACAAAUAUAUUCAGAUGCAAAUACCUUGAGGUCAUGUCAUUUUCCAAUAAUCAAUUCAAUGGAAGCAUACCAAGUGCAAUUGGAAGAUUGACAGUUCUUAGGAACUUAUAUCUGGGGACAAACAACUUCGGAGGGGGAAUUCCUUUGGAAAUAGGCAAUCUUUCUCAUUUAGAGAUAUUUAGCAUAAGAGGUGGCUCUCUAACUGGGUCAGUUCCAUCUUUACUCUUCAACAUGUCUUCUCUGAAAACAAUUGACCUUGCUGAGAAUAGCCUGUCUGGAAGCCUCCCAGUAGACAUGCAUCGUAAUCUUCCUCAACUCGAGCAGCUUUAUCUUCUAUCCAAUCAGCUAACUGGACAAGCUUUGUCCAGCAUAUUGGAAUGCAAAACACUUCGGCUCAUAUCAUUGUCUGAUAACAAACUUACAGGCAAUCUGCCUGCAAAAGUAGGAAACCUCACUGGGCUGAAAUAUCUAUAUCUAGGGAGUAACAACUUGACAGGUGAAUUGCCAGCCGAGCUUGGCAAGCUUAAUCUGGAGGACCUCGAUCUCUAUAACAAUAGCUUCUUUGGCCCCAUUCCCUAUUCCGUGUUCAAUAUAUCAACAAUGAAAAGGAUGGCACUUUCUUUCAAUCAAUUUUCAGGCCAUCUUCCUUCAACCAUGGGGCUUUCACUUCCAAACAUUGAAGAGCUUCAUUUGGGUCAAAACAAACUCAGUGGAGUAAUACCAAGUUCUAUCACCAAUUCUUCCAAGCUCAACUUCUUGUUCUUGGGCAGUAACUCUUUUUAUGGAAUUAUGCCCAACUUUGGUAAUUUAAGACUUCUACGGCGCCUCAUGAUUGGAGGAAAUAAUUUGACAGGAGAACCUUCGAGUUCAGAAUUGAAUUUUUUCUCUUCAUUAACAAAUUGCCGAUAUUUGGAGAUUUUUGAAGUAUCUUUGAAUCAACUAAAUGGUAUUCUCCCAUCAUCAAUUGGGAAUUUCUCAUCUCUUCAGGUAUUCAGAGCAUUAGGAUGCAACAUUAAGGGUGCUAUUCCUACUGAAAUUGGAAACUUAAGCAGCCUGAAAGAUUUAUAUUUAUAUAGCAAUCAGUUAACGGGACCCAUCCCAAGAUCACUUGGAAACUUAAAAAGUCUUCAACGUAUUUAUCUUCAACAUAAUAAACUUGAUGGAUAUAUUCCCGUCGAGAUUUGCCAGUUAAGCAAUUUGGGGGACUUGUACCUGAACGAAAAUAUGCUCAAUGGGCCAAUUCCGGCUUGCAUGGGGGAACUCAAAUCCCUGAGAGGACUCUACUUAAACUCCAACAGAUUGGAGUCUAAAGUGCCAGUAAACUUGUGGUACCUUAAAGAUCUUCUGAGACUAAACUUGUCCUAUAACAGUUUUAGUGGUUCUCUAUCUUCAGAAAUUAAAAAUUUGAAUGUGGUCAACGAAGUAGACUUGUCCUGGAAUCAAUUCACAGGUGAUAUUCCAAGUUCCAUUAGCAGCAUGCAAUCAUUAAUGUCCAUAUCUUUUGCACACAACAAAUUUCAAGGAUCUAUUCCUCCGUCUCUAGGAAACAUAAUAAGCUUGGAAUCAAUAGAUGUGUCUCACAAUAGUAUUUCUGGAGUGAUUCCAAAGUCAUUAGAGGCACUCAACUAUCUACAAUACUUUGACGUGUCUCACAACAGUCUAGAGGGAGAGAUUCCAUCGGGAGGGUGUUUUGUGAACUUCACUGCUCAAUCAUUCAUGCAAAACUAUGCUCUUUGCAGUGAAACUCGAAAACAAUUUCCACGUUGUAAAGAGACUCUUAAAAGAACAAGUUCAAAGAACGGGAAGUCAUUAGUGAAAUAUAUUAUUCCCCCUAUCAUAGCAGUUAUUCUCGCAGUGAGCAUGACAUUUUUGGUGUUAAGACGAAGACAACUGAACAGACAAGUACCCGGGAGUGAAAUUUCAUUCCAUCAUACAUGGAGAAGGAUUUCUUUUUGGGAACUUCGAGAAGCAACAAAUGACUUCAGUGAAACCAACAUACUUGGAAGUGGAAGUUUUGGUUCCGUCUACAGAGGAACACUUUCUGAUGGGUUAAAUGUUGCGGUGAAAGUUUUCAAUUUGCAGUCACAGCAAGUAACCAAGAGCUUUGAUAUAGAAUGUGAAGUGUUGAGCACCAUUCGUCAUAGAAAUUUAGUCAGAAUUAUUGGAUGUUGCAGUAACUCAGAGUUCAAGGCCCUAAUACUGGAGUACAUGCCUAAUGGUAGCCUGGAGAAAUGGUUAUAUUCCCACAACAAUUUCUUGGACAUGCUAAAAAGGCUAAAUAUAGCGAUUCAUGUUGCUUUAGCUUUAGAAUAUCUGCAUCAUGAUCAUACAUUUGCUAUUGUUCAUUGUGAUUUAAAGCCUAGCAAUGUCGUGCUCGACAAAGAUAUGGUUGCCCAUGUUGUUGAUUUUGGUAUAGCCAAACUCUUCGAUGAAGGGGAGUCAGAGGUUCAAACGAAGACCUUGGCAACAAUUGGAUAUAUGGCACCAGAAUAUGGAACUGAAGGAAUAGUAUCCACUAGUGGCGAUGUCUACAGCUUUGGUGUAAUGCUGCUGGAGAUGUAUACAAGAAAGAAGCCAACUGAUGAGAUGUUCGGUGAAGAAAUGAGCUUGAAAAGUUGGGUGAGUCAGUCAUUAUCCAAGAAUACGAUAACUGAAGUUGUGGACACCAAUUUGCUUGGAAGAGGGGACCAAAAUUUCUCUGCAAAGGAGCAAUUUGUCUCAUCCGUUUUGGCUUUGGCGAUAGAAUGUUUGACCAAUUCUCCUAUGGAAAGAAUCAGUAUGAGGGAAGUUGUGGCUAGACUUCAAAAGGCCAAAAGAGUUCUCAACACAACCACAGAUGAAGAAGCACUUCUUGCCUUCAAAACUGGGAUCAUUUGGGGCCCUGACAACAUCUUAGCUGAUAACUGGUCGAGGAGUACAUCAAUAUGCAACUGGAAUGGUGUUUCUUGCAGCAGAAAGCGGCAAAGAGUCACAGCCUUAAACGUUUCAGGUUUUGGCUUCAGUGGCACUAUAGCUCCACAUCUCGGAAAUUUAACAUUUCUGAUUUCUUUAGACAUCAGCUUCAACAAUUUCAUGGGAAUAAUACCGCCAGAGCUUUCUCAGUUGCGUCGCUUGAAAGAAAUAUAUGUGGGAUUUAACAGACUCGUUGGAGAGGUACCAUCAUGGUUUGGAACAUUACCAGAACUUCACCACAUUCUUCUGCAUAACAAUAAUUUCUCUGGCAGCAUCCCACCAUCGCUUCUGUACAACAAUUCAAAGCUCCAGACAAUGGUUAUGGAGUACAAUUUUCUAACUGGAAAUAUUCCGCAAGAGAUUGCCAAUCUUUCUGCCCUGGAAAUAUUAGAUUUAAGGUUUAACCGGUUCACGGGUUCCAUACCUUCUGGUAUCUUCAACAUGUCUUCUUUGAUAGCAAUCGAUAUAUCGGGUAAUAGCCUAUCAGGUAGGCUCCCAGAGGAUAUUUGCAAUGAUAUAUCUAAUCUGGAAGUACUCGCUCUCACAAAGAAUGAACUUUAUGGGCAAAUUCCGUCGAAUUUAUAUAAAUGCAGGAUAUUGUAUCUCGGGAGGAACGACUUGAUUGGAGGAAUUCCAUCGGAAAUAGGUAAUCUUACAAAACUAGAGGUAUUGAGCAUACCAGGUGGCUCUCUAACUGGGCCAAUUCCAUCUUUUGUCUUCAACAUGACUUCUCUGAAAGUAAUGGACUUGGCUAAUAAUAGUCUGUCUGGAAGCCUCCCGGUCGAUAUCUGUCACAAUAUUCCUGAUCUCGAGGAGCUCUAUCUUGAAUCCAAUAAGCUAACAGGACAAGUUUUGUCCAGCAUAUUCGAAUGCAAAAGGCUUUGGCUCGUAACAUUAACAGAUAACAAACUUACAGGUAGUCUACCUGCAAAGGUCGGAAACCUCACCGGGCUAUUAUAUCUACAUCUAGCUAAUAAUAAAUUGACAGGUACGUAUUCUAAUUUUAUCUAG